CGGGAUCACGUGACGCGGCCAAAAUGGCUGACCAGGAAGGCGGCUACCCGGCGGGGCAGGUACCGGAGCGGGGGCCCGAACCAGGGCCGGAGUCCGGGGAAGAGUUUGAGAUCGUGGACCGGAACCAGCUGCCGAGUCCAGGCGAGCUGAAGAGCGCGGCACAGCCGCGGGCGGCGGCGGACGGCUGGUCCGCGCCCAUCUUGACCCUAGCGCGAAAGGCCACAGUGAACCUGUCGGCGAGCUGCGGGAGCGCGCUGCGCGCGGCGGCUGGGCGCGGCGUCGGGGACGGCAUCGGGGACGGUGCGGCGCGCGCAGCUGCCAAGUGCCAGAUGAUGGAGGAGCGUGCCAACCUGAUGCACAUGAUGAAGCUCAGCAUCAAGGUCCUGCUCCAGUCCGCCCUAAGCCUGGGCCGCAGCCUGGACGCGGACCAUGCCCCUUUGCAGCAGUUCUUUGUAGUGAUGGAGCACUGCCUCAAACAUGGGCUGAAAGUUAAGAAGAGUUUUAUUGGCCAAAACAAAUCUUUCUUUGGUCCUUUGGAGCUGGUGGAGAAAUUUUGUCCAGAAGCAUCAGAUAUAGCCACUAGUGUCAAAAAUCUGCCAGAAUUAAAGACAGCUGUGGGAAGAGGAAGAGCUUGGCUUUAUCUUGCACUCAUGCAAAAGAAACUGGCCGAUUAUCUGAAAGUGCUUAUAGACAAUAAACAUCUCUUAAGUGAGUUCUAUGAGCCUGAGGCAUUAAUGAUGGAGGAAGAAGGGACGGUGAUUGUCGGUCUGCUGGUGGGACUCAAUGUUCUUGAUGCCAAUCUCUGCUUAAAAGGAGAAGACUUGGAUUCUCAGGUUGGAGUGAUCGAUUUUUCCCUCUACCUUAAGGACGUGCAGGAUCUCGAUGGUGGCAAAGAGCAUGAAAGAAUUACUGAUGUCCUUGAUCAAAAGAAUUAUGUGGAAGAACUCAACCGGCACUUAAGUUGUACUGUUGGGGAUCUUCAGGCCAAGAUAGAUGGCUUGGAAAAGACAAAUUCAAAGCUCCAAGAAGAGCUUUCAGCUGCAGCAGGCCGGAUUUGUUCACUUCAAGAAGAACAGCACCAAUUGAGAGAACAAAAUGAAUUAAUUCGUGAAAGAAGUGAGAAGAGUGUAGAGAUAACAAAACAGGAUACAAAAGUUGAACUGGAGACUUACAAGCAAACACGGCAAGGUCUGGAUGAGAUGUAUAGUGACGUGUGGAAGCAGUUAAAAGAGGAAAAGAGAGUCCGAUCGGAAUUAGAAAAAGAAUUGGAGUUACAAAUUGCAAUGAAAACUGAAAUGGAAAUUGCAAUGAAGCUACUGGAAAAGGACACCCAUGAGAAACAGGACACCCUGGUUGCCCUUCGCCAGCAGCUGGAAGAAGUCAAAGCAAUUAACUUACAGAUGUUUCACAAGGUUCAGAAUGCAGAGAGCAAUUUACAACAGAAGAAUGAAGCCAUCACAUCUUUUGAAGGAAAAACCACUCAAGUGAUGUCCAGUAUGAAACAAAUGGAAGAAAGGCUGCAGCACUCGGAGCAGGCCAGGCAGGGGGCCGAGGAGCGGAGCCACAAGCUGCAGCAGGAGCUGGGCGGGCGGGUCAGCGCCCUGCAGCAGCAGCUCGCCCAGCUGCACAUGCAGUGCUCAAGUCUAGAGAAAGAGCUAAAAUCUGAAAAAGAGCAAAGACAAGCUCUUCAGCGAGAACUACAGCAUGAGAAAGACACCUCCUCUCUACUCCGAACAGAGCUGCAACAAGUAGAAGGAUUGAAAAAGGAGCUGCGGGAGCUCCAGGAUGAGAAGGCAGAGUUACAGAAGGUGUGCAACGAGCAGGAACAAGCCCUCCAGGAAAUGGGACUGCACCUCAGCCAGUCAAAGCUGAAGAUGGAAGACAUAAAAGAAGUAAAUAAGGCACUGAAGGGCCACACUUGGCUGAAAGAUGACGAAGCAACACACUGUAAGCAGUGUGAAAAGGAGUUCUCCAUUUCCCGGAGAAAGCACCACUGCCGCAACUGUGGACAUAUUUUCUGCAACACGUGCUCCAGCAACGAGCUGGCCCUGCCAUCUUACCCCAAACCAGUGCGCGUGUGUGACAGCUGCCACACUCUGCUCCUGCAGCGCUGCUCCUCCACCGCCUCCUAAGGACCACCCGGACCUCCAUCCUCAGGAGUGGGCAGAGGCAGCCUUGGAACAGUGCCAAACUCUUUGGGUCUCAGGGAAACACCAGGAUUUUGAGAAGUUUGUUGUUUCCCCCAGAGAAUCAAGGGAAAGAAUAAAAUCCUCACCUGGCCUGCUGGCGCUCUUAAACAUAAUGGAACUGGAAGCUGGGCGCCUCUACUUUUUGAAUUGUAUGGAAUCAACUCCUCUGGAUUCAAACUCUUCUCUCACUUUAUUACAUCACUGGCUUUUGUUCAUAUGGAACUUCAUGGUUUUACUACUAUCAUUUUCAACUCUUCAACUUAACCUCUUUAGCAUUUCUAGGGAGUCAUCAGUUUUUCUCCCUCCCCCACCCACCGUUCCUCCCAAAAGCCCUCUGAUUUGUCCACCACUUUCUACCACACCAGGGUCUGUCAGCGUGCCUUCUCCGCUUCAGUCGGGGUUUGCCAUUCCACACCCUUGUCAAUACCUAGCACUGCCCCAUAAUAAAAUCAAUUAUUUUUCACUCUGGUGCAGAAAAUGAGCUUGUGUCCAUUUUGCAGCAGCUUGCUAGCCAUCCCCUUACCUCGGGCUGGCUCUGAAAGGAUGCCCUCAACUCAAGAGCUGUUAAGGUGAAGGGCUGGGAGGUUUUCGGAACAUCACCCAGGUGGGAAUUGGCUAAGUCUGCCGGCUCUGGGGCUCAAGCUGUGUUGCGCCCAGGUGAAGCAGGGUCAGGUUGGGAGCCUUGACACACAGUGGGCAUCCACCAUGCUGUGAAAUCCACUAGUGAGAAGAACUAACCUUAGUAAGCUGUUGGAUCUCCAAAAUUGCUCACUGAUAAAACAGGGAGUUGAUAAAAAUGGUGGGAAAACACCUGAUGGGCAGUUUUCUAAUCUCAAAAUGUUAAGGACAGGUGCUGUUUGUGGAGCUAUGAGGACUGGUCACUCCCCCCACCCCCAUAUCAGAGUCAUCAGUUAACACGUCAGUCAGUGGUCUAGAAUUUUUAGGCUAGAAAACAUGCAUAGUAUUGUUGUAUGGACAUCAAACAAGUCAGUUUUCUGGGCCUCACCUCCUCCCGCCCUCAGCCAGACUAUUUUCAUUACUCCUGCCUUCACUUCCCAGGAGGCCCCAGGCUUCAGCCUCCACCAGCCCCUUCCUUCCCUCCGGUGCUGUGGCCUAGUCUGAGCUGUCCCAGUCCCUGAAAACAUGGCUUGCGGCCCAACUGUUCCUUCUUGGGCUCUUCUUUCCCUGUGGAAGGCUCGCUCACCACAGGUACCAAUACUUCUGUCGUAUGGGUGGGAAAUCUGGAAGGUUCAGGAAGGUUACAGUCCAGAAUUUACCCCAGGACCUGCAGCUAAGGCACUGUGCAGCCCCCAAAGCCAAGUCCUUCCUAAGCUACUGGUUUUCAGACCACUUUAAGAAAGGUACAUGGUGGCUAAAGCGGCUGCUAAGGACCCCCCACUUCCCCUCACUUAACCUGAACAGCUGUUUUUUAAUCACACCAGGCCCCAACUUUUUCAGAAAGUUUGCUUAUUUUUUGCAUUACCCCAAAACUGUUCUAGUUAUCAGGUAUCUGUACCUCAUUUUCAAUGCACCCAAUAUGGACUCCAAAUUGCUGGAGGGCCUUAGGCAAGUCACUUCACUUCUGAGCCUGAGUUCCUUUAUCUGCACACAAAAAAGCAAGCAGGGUAAUACCACCCUACUUCAGACCCUUUGACAGUUGAUACGUACCUCAAGGGCCCACCACUGCCUGACCCGUAAGUUCCUCUGCCUUUAUCACACCUAUCUCCCACCCUCACCCCCCACCUCAAGCAACAAAUGUUCAAUACACAUUAUUCACAACAGAUCCAUGUACCGAAGUUUUCAACAUUUACCUACCUGAAUGGAAGAUUCCUUUUCUCCUCCAACUUUAAAUUUCCACACCUGAACUUGGGAAACCCUUCACUCUCUAGUCUGGCACCACCUUCUUCCAAACUAAGGAAUGAGUUCUAAGGCAGUGCCAAGCCUAAAUGUGUGCUAUCAGUCACCUCGGGGGGUACGGGGGAAGUCCUCUUUGAGAUGCAGGUUCUGAUUAAUAAGAGGGUCAGGAGUAUCUGAAUCAUUCCUAACAAGCUCCCAAGUUAUAAUGCUGGUCCACAAGACACAAGAUUCUAAAGAACCAGAGUGGUUCCAGGUUUGUUUUUUUUUUUUUUAAAUAAGUACAAAAAAAAAAAAAAUGGUAGUGGACUUACAUUUCUUUAGUAAGUCCCCUUCCAAUAGGCCAAGUUUUUUGACAAAAGAUCUUCCCAUGUUCCUAGAUUCAAAACAAUUAGAAGGUCCAGGGAAAGAGACUAACCCUCCUCCAGGUCCUUUUCACCACCAGGUCUCUGUAGUACCGAAAGUAUCAAGGAACUUGGCCAAGAGCUCAGCAGCAAUAUCAUGCUUAGAACACUCAGCUGAAUGCCAACUCUCAACAUUAACUCCCUUGAAAACUCUCUCUAGACCUGUUGGAAGACAAAAGCUCCAUGACAUUGCAAAUGAAACAUUUCUACAUCACCAGCCUGAAUCCAGACCUUUCCCUCCAGUGGUAUGCAACUAGGACAUAGCAGGUCAUGCAGCAGGCCAAGAGCAUAUACCUGAAGGGCUCUUCAUGCCCAUCUUUCACAUGCAACACUGCCAUCCUUAGCUGUACUGGCUGAUUCUGAACAGUUUUUCAGAGUGAAUAAAUCUAACCGAUACCAACACCCAUGAACAAAGCUGAGAAAACCUUCAAUACUGUUACAGAAAAAACUCAUGUGUGACACAAGCGUUAUGUACCCAUCGCCAGAGUAAAUUCCAACUUACAGUGACCCUUUGUACCUAGCUCAAAUUCAAAUCUCAAUACAAGUGACUUCUGACUAUAAAGGGAUGAAUGAGUGGCAGGUUCUGGAACUAUAGUGCUUUUAAGUAGCUACUGAAGGUAACUCUGGGGAUACAUUGCUUAAUCCAACCCUAGAGAACUUUUAUGUCCCAGUUAAGAGUUCAGCUGCUAACCAAAAGGUUGGCAGUUCAAAUCCACCAGGCACUCCUUGAAAGUGCUGUGGGGCAGCUCUCCUGUCAUACAGUCACUGAGAGUCAGAAUCGACUCCAUAGCAAUGGGUUUGCUUUGGUUUUUAUUUCCCAGCAAAUAUCAUUUGAGUUCUAACCUACCACAAAACAGGAAAAAGUUUCCACACUUAAGAUAACUUCUCUUUACCCUCAGUUCUGCUUGAUAUUCUACCCUCAGGAAGUUUACAGGGAAUACAUUUUGCUCUUAAGUGGACUUGACUGUUAGGAAAGAGGCAAAAUAUGUAAAGACAUCAACUUGAAAAGCUCCUUAUAGAAGACAUCCCACCAUUAACAAAAUUAGAAAACCACAACCAGAUUCAAAAGGAUAGCUUCUAAUCCCCCCCACCGAUCUGUUACUUCCUCAGCUAUGCCUGAAGGAGGGCUUCUGGACUGCAGGCCAUGCAGUUAAGUCCACUCGUGCCUCUUCCUUUGCUCUGUGCAAGUGCUUUAGCAAGUUAGGGAGAUUCAAAUCAGGUUACGUGCAGCCAGGCCAAACAUACAGCCCUUCAGAAAGGGCCCCCAAACUAUGUUUACCUUCGUUGCACCGGAGGGAAGAGAAGUCUGAAGACAUCUACACAACAGCCUCAACUGCCGAGCCUCUGCCACAGCUACCACUGUCACCUACGCCCCAGGCAGGAAUAGAGCACCAAGAAACAGUCCACAUGACACUGAAGCAUAGACAAGACAAAUUGCAGUUUUUAAAAGGAAGAUUUAUUUGACAAGUUUCACUUAGCGCAAUACACCUAAAAGGAAAUCACAAUGUAAGUUUUAAAUCAAGGCCUCAGAAUUUCAUACAAACACCAAGACCAAAAUUCUAAAGUAUUGGUAUUGCGUCUCAUUUUCCCCGUUAACUUAAAAAAGGCUUAAACUUACGUGACUUACAGGUUAUUAAAUGAAACUAGAAUUAACAAACAUGCCAAAUGUUUCACUUUUAAUUGUAGACACAGCUCCUAUAUUUAAGUAUUACAAAAAAGCAUGUCUUUCAACAUGCAUUCAGUGUUCAAUGUAAUGUGGUAUAAGAGCAACAUUUAACAUAAUUGAACUGCUUUAACCUAAAUACAAUUACUGCUUAAGUAGUACAUCCUACAACUAACUCAAGAAAAGCUGAAAAUGGUUUAACAGUUGUAUUUACUCAAACUUUGUUGUUACACCUAGGUGUAUUUCGUGUUCAAUAACACUGAACCUGAAAUCAUUUUAAAACAAUCCUGAUUUCCACUUAGAGUAAGCAUAAAUCACAAGCUUGUAUUGCAAAACUGUUAAACUUAGAAGUUUUUUUUGUUUUUUUUUUGUUUUUUCUUUUUCUUAAAAAAAAGGUUGAGACCAAGAGUCAGUGAUCAGGAUUACAUUCCCCAUCCACCACUCAUACUGGACAUGCUAGACAUCCCUCCCAUUCCAUUCACUCCCAUAGAUGCACGGCUUCCACUACUGUAGUAGCUGCUGUUCACUGUUCCUUGGCUACCUGCAAAGAGAUCAAUUUGACAAGUUAGGAGAAGUGUCACAUUAUCAGUCGAAUAAAACAGAGCAUUCCAAGAAAAAAAAUUAAAGGUUUUUAAAGAGUACAAAUGGCUGCUGUCCAAGUGGCGAGAAGCAUGUUUGGGAAAGGGGAAACCCGACUCCAAACAAGUCUCAAUUAACCCCUUUUCUCUGCAGUACCAACGUGCCAGACUCUUGUGCUACCAUUUAAAUGGAUGCUUCAGGAUCAACAUGGAAAAUUAAGUUUAAAGGAAAACUAGUGUUUUUCAAAAAUUGCAAAAAAAAUUACUUCAUGUUGUUUUUAAAGCUAAGCAAGGCAUUUCAAAAAAAUUUUACCAUAAACAUUCACAAUGUGUCCAUCGAAUGACAUGAAUAGGAAGCACAGGGGAAGUCUCUUGCUCUUCCUAUUCACAGUGGGCAGGAAGUGAGACGACAAAGUUGGACUAAAGGCAACUCACUAUGCCCAAAAUGGCAGCCUCCAUGGAGUUAAGUCAGAGCCAUUGACUGCUAUGGGAAGUGUUAUUACAACAUACCAGUAUUUGCUAUUGGGAAUUUAAAUUAUAUUUCUUGAGAAAAUAUUUACCUAUGCAAUGUUUGAUUGAAAAUCACUGGAGUUUUCCUGUAAAACUUGGUCUGCAAAAGGAUUUUGUAGGGUAAGACUAUAAUACCAAAAUCACCAUUCUUUAGACCAAUUGAAAAAAAAAUUAAUAAAACUAAUCCUAGGUUAACUGACUAGUAAAUACGAUCCUGAACCCCACCACCAUUAUUUAAAAUUGUCCCUCCAUCUAAAAUUGACUUAAUACUAAUCAGCAAAAUACAGAAUGUGAACUACUUCAGUUUGUUUAAUAAAUGGAGGCAGAUGUUUUCUGGCUUGACAGAAUUCCAGUGGCAAUAAUGCCUAAUUUAUAAUAUAUAAAACACUUCCCCCCCCAGUGUUUGUUUCUGAAAAUUAAACUAUUAAAAAGUUAGUCAAAAACAUACAUUUAAUAACCCAACUUCUCAGAAAAGGAGCCUGCAUAUUCCCAACUAAAGAAACCUGCCUAAAACUUAUCAUAAAAAUAUAAAGAACCAUACUUACCAUAUCCACUCAUGCUGCUCUGACCACCAUAGCCGCCUCCAUAACCACCACUGAGCUGCUGGCUAGCUGGGCCACCGUAACUGGACUGGUUUGCUGUUAAGUGAAGAGAACAUUAGAACCAUGUUCCCAGCGUAAUAUGGUACCUGGUGGUACCGGGCUUGUAAUUCUACUAUCUAAUUUUCCAGUCUUGAUCUGCUAUUACUAUAACCCUCUGCCUCCAUCUGUCUAUUGUCUAUGACCAAACUACUCUUUAUCAUGAGCUAAUCAAACAUUUAUAAACACACAUCAACAGGACUAAAUCCACAUGAUGCCAUAAAUAGAGUCUUUUUAUGAAGAUCUUAUGAAACUACUUGCCUGGAUUUAGUGGGGUUUGCCCCUUAAUUUCAUGUUACAGUACAUCAAUACAUACAUAUACUGAACAACUAAUUAUGCCAGCUCAUUUUGAUGCUGUGCUUUUUGCUAAACAAUUUGAGAUUUAAACUUUACACUUAGACAAUUUAUCUAGUUUCAUUCUGUACUCCCCUCCCCCAAAACAAAAGUACUUUAAUCAGAAUUAUCUAUUCCAAAUAGUUUUCUAGCUAAUUUUUAACCAAGAAAAUUAUUCUCCUUGCCUAACUUAAACUUAAAUUGUUAUGCUAAAUUCACUAAAUACAAUUAACUUAAUUUAUAUUAUUGACUUAUAUAGAUAUAUUUUGGUUUUUAAAAAAACUAACGAUAUUUACACAAACCCAUGCCUCCCAUCAUUUGGCUACCAUAAGCACCACCGCUUGCUCCUGCUGUAGAAUUCAAGAAGAGUUCUACAUAUCUGUGUUCUGAAAUGAGAGAAAAGGCAUACAAGGUUAGCUUUAAAAAAAAAAAAAGACACUAGAGUGAUAUUUACACAAACCCAUGCCUCCUAGCAUUUGGCUACCGUAAGCACCACCGCUUGCUCCUGCUGUAGAAUUCAAGAAGAGUUCUACAUAUCUGUGUUCUGAAAUGAGAAAAAAAAAAAAAAGUUUGAAAAAUGUUUGUUGGUGAAAGAAAGCAAAAGGAGCACUUCAGUUCUUUUAUGACAUGUAAAAUCUGUGGACUUCAAAUACUUGGGUAAAAAAAUUCUGGCUGCUUCUCUCAGAUGACUUAUUUUAACUAAUGCAUUAAUUCAGGUUGCAAAAACUAGCCUUUAAACAUUCAUCUAGUUUAUCAACCAAGGACAUACUUCAAGUCAGUGUUUUUUUUUUUCCCCCACAAGUCCCUUUUAUUCACACUUAAACUGCCACAGGUUUUCAAUGCAUCCCUAAGAAUCUGUUAGAGGACAAAUUCUCAUAUACCCCUUUUCUUAAAUCCUCUACCACACAUACUUGGAGAUGUUCAGUCACUCAAGUGCAGUAUGUCCACACACAGCUACCUUUAACAAGCCCCCAAAACACUUCAACACACUUACGCAUAUUUGCUUUGUCUUUUGACAUAGCUGCCACAGCAUCUUCAUGAGUAGCAAACUCAACAUCUGCUUCUCCAGUUACUCUGCCGUCAGGACCAAUUUCAAUGUGUACUCUCACAGGGUUAAGCGGUGAAAAGAACUAAAUACAAGGCAUUUCAAAGAAAUCAAGUCAACUUCCUAAAGUUACAAAAAACUAAAACAUUUAUAACAGGGUGUUUCGCUUAAGUUGGGUAAGGCUCAAGUUUCUACCACCUUACUCAAGUAUCUGACUUGUGAAUUCACCGUACACUCACAUUGUAAAUGUCGUUUUCGGUAGCUCUGUAAGGUAAUCCCCGCAUGUGCACACAAUGUCCUGUCGUGCUCUGGAAAGUAGAACCACCAUCCCCGUAUCUGUGAUCAGACAUUCCUGAAAAACAGUAAUUGAGGUCUAGAUGGACAAGAGUGUAAGUACCCUUCAGGUGAUAAAUUCAAUUCUUACUUUACCUCUUCCAAAUCUAUCUGACCCAAAUCCAUAGCCAUCGUUAUAGCCGUUAUAGUCAUCGUAGCCUCCAUAACCUGAAAGACAAAAAGAACAGUCAAUGAAAUGUGAACACAAGACAACAUUCUUCUUGACCCUCACAUAUCUUACUUACCUCCACCAUAAGCACCACGCCUCAUCCUUUCAAAGCCAGCUCCUCUGCCAAUACUGUUAUACCCUCUGCCAGCCCCAGGUCUGUCAUAGGGACCUGGCCGCUGCAUAGCCAUAAGUUUUCUGGGUGGAUCAUAAUGAGUUCUAACUUCAGCUCGACUGCUCUUAAAGAUUUCAAUAUACCUAAAGCAUUGUUCAUGAAGGAGAAGGAAGGGGAGGGAGAAAAUAACAUUAGUCCACUUCAUACAGAUAUUUAGUUAUACAAGAAAACAGUCCAGUCAUAGCCACGAAACUGACAAAUAUUUUAAGCCAGAUUUCUUAUACUUGCAUAGGCAAUGACCAGAAAUUCACUCUUUAAGAGAUUAAUGUAAACUUUACAGGAAAAAACCUCACUCCUCUUAGGCAUAUGGAGCCCAACCUUAGGGGUAGAGAGGAGUACUGUAAAUGUUUUAUAGGAGGGAAAGAAUUCCACUCAACUUUCAACAUUUCAAAUCUUAAAUCCACUGGCAGCAUGUAUAGCAAGUAGGCUAAAAUGCCAGCCUCCACCAACAGUCUAGCCCACACUACACAUUUCUUUUCGCCAACAAAUACCCCAGCCUAUGCUUUUAGUAGGAAUCAGCAUAGGUAAGCGCAUGCUUCAAUGAAAAAUAGUCACAAGCAAAGAGAAUAAAACCUUUUGUGACAAUUUCUUGAAAGCUAUGCUUAUUAAUACAUAUGCAGAAUAUUUAUACAGCAAGAAAAAGUUUGUUGCAUUUCAACUUUAAAAACAAGAUCAGAAAGUAUCACAUUUUCUUAUGGUAAUAUUAAUUUACUAGGUGGGUGUUAUUACAGCUAAAGCCAGGUUUGCAUUAACUUUUUUAAAGCCAUAGUCUCUCAACUCCAUUGACUGGGUUAAUAAAUUGGAACGCUUACAACAUCAAGGCCAAAUUAACUGGGGGAACAAUUUUAAAGCCAAAAUUUAAUUUGAAUGCAAUGUGGGACUCUGACAUAGAAAAUUUGAAAUUGUGGCAAAACGUCAAUUAAUUGGGACUAUGAAACAGAUUUCUUCCUCUUUAGCAGAGAGAAUAUGGAUUUAAUUGUUUACCAUAAGAAAAGUGACAUAUCCAACCAACCAUCCAUCCCCACCUGUGCCCUAUUCUUUCCUUGUGUUUCUUUAGAGCCUUUUCAGCUAUUUCCUGUGAAGCAAACUGCACGAAGGCCUCCCCCGUACUCCUCCCCUGGAAGUCCACCGGCAAUGUUAUCCCAUUUGGCACGAUUUCCAACCCUUCAACCCAAGGACAAAUAACCCCAGUAGGGGGGCAAUAUUAACAUCACAAGCCCAGAAAUGAUUCUUCUUAUAGCUUUAAAUAAACCAGAAUUUUAACUUUAGGUGAAUGGUAUGCUUUCAACAAGUACUCUUUAAAAUAUGCAUUGCAGUAACAUGAAGUUCCAUUAUUACAAAGUAAUUCUUAACACAUCCUGCGGCAUAAUAUGUAAGAAAAAACUUGCUUAACACAGGGUGCAUUAAGAAUUCAACAAUUAAGAACACUUAUCUAUGCAACUUAAUGUUCAGAAUUAUACAAGAUUUUAAUAAAGUUUCAAGCAUUAAAUACAACAUUUUACUAAAUUCUAGACACACCUUUGACCUCGAUUUAUAUUUCAAUGCUUUUUAGUGGAACUUCAAAUUUUAAAAAGUUAACAUGUUUAAACAUUUAAUAUACAAGUUGAAACAUUGCUUAUAUCAUAGUUGACAAGAAAACAUACAAUCUAAACUCUUCAACAAACAACUGAUCUAGACAACACAAUCAUGCACUCUUAUGCUCUAACAGUAGUAUGAUUCACUUCUGGAAAUUCCGUCUAUGAAAAAUCCUUUCCGUGGAUACAUUCCCAAGCUUACAAAAAGGGCUUAAAAGCACUUCCUAGAAGAUAUGAAAUUAUGUUCAUAUUUAAAGUUGACAGAUAGCAUUCAAUUCUCACCAAUUUAGACAAAAACAAUCAAAACAGACUUGAUUUCAAAUAUUCUGACAAAAUAUUAGGACUUGAUAUGUAACUAAUAUUCAAGACUUAAAAACAUACUACACUAAACCAUGAAAGGAUUUCUUGCUCUUAAUUCCAGUUUAUUACAACAUGAAUAUUAAGGCUAUUAUUUAAAACACAUUAUUAACAUUCUGCUAAACAUGCAAUCUUAUAAGCUCUUCAGCAUAAAAACAUUCAAAUACUUUAGGCCCAGAACAAUUUCAAAACACUAUUAGAUUGCAAACAUUCUGCCUAUCUAUGAUCACAUUAGAUUGGCUUCAAGUUUACAGUUCCCUGGCAAAACCAAGCUGCUUUCUGUUUAGAGAAAUUAGGCCCUGAUAUGUUUCUGGUCCCAUGACCAAUUAAGUGUCUCUAACAACCUAAGACACUUGCCGUAAGUAACAACCUGACUGGCACAUCAAUCUAACGUUAAGGGAGCUUACCUUUAACUUGGAGUACUUUGCUGAACAACGUGAGGAAAGAAGUUAAGCUGCUGAGGACAACCCUCAAUCAAUUAUCUACUCUGAGCCACAAUACUAAAUAUAGGCAAAAUCAGCAAAAGUUACGAGUUUUGGGAGCACUUAAUUUCCACCUUUAAGAUGGGCUUAAAUUAUUUGAAGGUCUCCAGGAAGAAGAAAACAGUAAUUCAUCUGCAUAAGCUUACAACUUAAGCAUCUAAGCUAUCAAUUUUAAAGGUCUAUUAAAUCACAUGUUGCCAGAAGCUAGCCAAAACUCACUGCUCAGCAACCAACACUACUACAUACCUGAGAAGAACUGAACAAUUUCUUCCUUGCUACAGCCAAAGGGGAGUCCUCUAAGCCGCACAAAGCCAUCAUUGGCCGUGUCAGGACUAUUUGGACCAGUAUGCUUCAACACCCAAUCCAUUUCAACGUUGUUUGACUUGAAUACUGAAAGAGGUGCUUAGAAUUAGUCAAUUUCGGAAAGUUAGAAAACAAAUUUCAGACUUCCUGGGUCUUUAGAUAAGCUAGGAAGAGCUGCCAUAAACUCCCUUAGAUGCCCAUUUCCAUGCGGUCAAAUACCUAAAAUUCAGAAGGGAAUAAGACCUAUUUGUUUUAUUUACUGUUACUAGGGCAACAUAAAUCAAACCUUCAACAUAUCUGUGUCCCAUAGUUUCUCUGUCUUUUUUCAGGGCCAAUUUGACAUCAUCUUCUGAUUCAAGUUCAACAAAAGCCUCGCCACUUGGUCUGCCUUCUCGUGUGUAGAUGAAACGAAUACCUUGAGCCCCAUUUUGAAUUUUACAGUCUGGAAAGAAAACAACUGUUAAUAUAGAAUUUAAAACCAAAAACCACCUCUGGGUGACACAGAUGAAAUGCCUAUCCACACUCCCACCAUGAAGUAUGACACUUUUAUAAAGCCUGGAACAACCAAGAUUACGAAUUUCUAUAGUCUUUCUGGUAAUUACGGAGUCAUCCUCUCUAAAGCUAUCUUAUUCUCUAAAUGAUACAUUCCCGUUCCAUCAAGAAAAUUCAAUAUUCAAAGCAGCUUCUACAAAGUUAUUUAAAACAUUAAGUCCUCACUAUCCAAGUUUCUCCAUAAACUUCUCAGCAUCAAUCUACUGAAGUCUGGAUCUUCUAAUUUUAUGGCAUUUUUGGAAAUCAGUUUUGGUCUGGCAUGGUUGUCCAUCCACUUUACCUUACCAGCAGCCACACUGAGAUUUCUCAUUCAAAACCAAAUUGCAGGCCCAACACUCACCUGAACGGGGAUCACUGUUAUCAAGCUAAAAUGAUUGAAGUUGCACAGCUGAAGCCAAACCCAGUCUUGCCCCCUGCAAAGUGGCUCCCAGUGUACUUGGUUCUUGUUUUACAGGUCGUUUUCCUUUACCAAUGC